AUGAGCGCGGCCUCAUACGCGAUGCCACGUGGGACCGAACUAGUUUUUUGGCACCAGUAUUUCGGUCGGUUGCGCAACCCAGGGCGCGAAGAGCUCUCGCCGGCGUCGAGCAUCAACGGCUGCAGUACGGACGGUGAGGCUCGGAGGCAGAAGAAAGGCCCCGCGCCGCGACAACAAGAGGAGCUGUGCCUCGUCUGCGGCGACAGAGCCUCUGGGUACCACUACAAUGCACUCACGUGCGAAGGAUGCAAAGGGUUCUUCAGGCGGAGCGUCACCAAGAACGCCGUGUACAUAUGCAAAUUCGGUCACGCCUGCGAAAUGGACAUGUAUAUGAGGAGGAAAUGUCAGGAGUGUCGAUUGAAGAAGUGCCUCGCGGUCGGCAUGAGGCCGGAGUGCGUCGUGCCGGAGCCCCAGUGCGCGUUGAAGAGGAAGGAGAAGAAAGCGCAGAGGGAGAAGGACAAACUACCAGUGAGCACGACGACAGUGGACGACCACAUGCCGCCCAUAAUGCAGUGCGACCCCCCACCGCCCGACGCUGCGAGGAUUCUGGAAUGUUUGCAGCACGAAGUGGUCCCGCGGUUCCUAUCUGAGAAACUCCUGGAACAGAACAGGUUGAAGAACAUCCCCCCGCUGACGGCGAACCAGCAGUUCCUCAUCGCCAGGCUGGUGUGGUACCAGGAUGGGUACGAACAGCCCUCGGAGGAAGACCUCAAACGAGUCACACAGACUUGGCAGCAGGGCGAGGACGACGAUGGAGACACGGACGUCGCGUUCCGCCAGAUAACAGAGAUGACGAUCUUGACAGUGCAGCUCAUCGUGGAGUUUGCGAAAGGUCUACCUGGCUUUGGGAAAAUCUCACAGCCUGAUCAGAUUACGUUGCUGAAGGCAUGUUCAAGCGAAGUGAUGAUGUUGCGAGUGGCGAGACGGUACGACGCGUCGUCGGACAGCAUUCUGUUUGCGAACAACGAGGCGUACACGCGCGACAACUAUCGCAAGGCGGGCAUGAGCUACGUCAUCGAAGAUCUGCUGCACUUCUGUCGCUGCAUGUACGCCAUGUCGCUGGACAACGUGCACUACGCGCUCUUGACAGCUAUUAUUAUAUUCUCAGACCGGCCCGGUUUAGAACAACCCAACCUAGUGGAAGAAAUCCAGCGGUACUACAUAACGACCCUUCGGAUGUACAUCCUGAACCAGCUGAGCGCCGCGCCGCGCUGCUCGGUACUGUUCGGCAAGAUCCUCUCCAUCCUCUCGGAGGUGCGCACCCUGGGCAUGCAGAACUCCAACAUGUGCAUAUCCCUCAAGCUGAAGAACCGGAAGCUGCCCCCGUUCCUUGAGGAGAUCUGGGACGUCGCGGACGUGUCCACGUCCCAGCCGCCGCCUCUGAUCGAGCCGUCGGCCGAGCUCUAG